AUGGCUGUUAGAUUGGCACUCAGCUAUGCAGUGAUCUUCCAGAAUUGGGUUCUGCGAGCUUUACGCGCUCGUAGUCCAGGCUCUGUUGCAGGUGCGAAUGUUCGACUUUUGGAUGUUCCAAAUGGCGGUGUUGUGGCCGCGGAACCUUUGACCGACGAACUUCAAUUAAAUACCGAUGGAGAAGUGUGCAUGUUGAAGGACAGCCCCUAUCGCAUAUUGAGGGCUGCCGAAAGUGGAAAUCUUGAAGAUUUUUCUCGGCUCCACUUAUCUGAGCCUGGUCGUCUGGGGGUCAGAGAUGGCAGAGGUCGCGCAGCCGUUCAUCAGGCUGCUGCCCGAAAUCGCGUCAAUAUUCUUCAAUACAUCUACGCACAUGAUGGGGAUAUGAAUGUUCAGGACCACGUGGGAAACACUCCUCUUCAUCUCGCUGUCGAAAAUGAUGCUUUACAAGCUGCAGAUUAUUUGCUGUCAAUAGGAGUCGAUACAGGAAUCCUCAACGACAAGAACCAGGCUCCAGUGCAUAUGGUGACCGAGUUGAAUAAAGUGGAAGCUCUCAGAGUCAUGGCAAAACACAAGACUAAAAUUGACAUUCAGAAAGGUGGAGAACACGGGCGAACCGCAUUGCACUUGGCAGCUAUUUAUGAUCACGAAGAGUGCGCUAGAAUUCUGAUAACGCAGUUUGAUGCUUGUCCAAAGAAACCGUGUAACAAUGGUUACUAUCCUAUACACGAGGCCGCUAAAAAUGCAUCUUCCAAAACCAUGGAAGUUUUUUUUCAGUGGGGCGAAUCACGAGGUUGUUCUAGAGAAGAUCUAAUUACGUUGUAUGAUUCGGAAGGAAAUGUGCCAUUACAUUCCGCAGUCCACGGUGGAGACAUCAGAGCGGUGGAGCUUUGUUUGAAAUUUGGAGCCAAAAUUUCGAGACAACAACAUGACCUGUCUACUCCUGUUCAUCUAGCUUGUGCGCAAGGAGCCAUAGAUAUCGUGAAACUAAUGUUUGCCAUGCAGCCUCAAGAAAAAUUUUCUAGUCUUCGUUCUUGUGACGUCCAAAAGAUGACGCCACUGCAUUGCGCGUCAAUGUUUGAUCAUCCAGAAAUUGUGCAUUAUUUAAUCAAGGAAGGAUCAGAUAUAAAUCCUUUGGACAAGGAAGGAAGAUCGCCUUUGCUUUUAGCUGCUUCUAGGGCUGGAUGGAAAACGGUUCAUACCCUUAUUAGACUUGGCGCAAAUAUUAAUUUAAAGGAUUCAAGUCAUCGUAAUAUUUUACAUCACGUUGUCAUGAAUGGGGGAAGCUUGCAGGAUUUUGCUGCAGAAGUCAAUAAGGUCCAGUCUCAAGAAAAACUAAUGAACUUACUAAACGAAAAAGAUCAUUCGGGAUGUUCUCCUUUACACUACGCGAGCAGAGAAGGACAUAUAAGAUCAUUGGAGAAUUUGAUAAGUCUAGGGGCUUGUAUCAAUUUGAAAAAUAAUAAUAAUGAGAGUCCUUUGCAUUUUGCAGCCAGGUAUGGUAGAUAUAAUACUGUUCGUCAACUAUUGGAUUCGGAAAAAGGAACAUUUAUUAUCAACGAAAGUGAUGGUGAAGGUUUAACACCAUUGCAUAUUGCUUCGAAGCAGGGCCAUACUAGAGUUGUUCAUCUUUUAUUAAACAGAGGAGCUUUAUUACACAGGGACCACAACGGGCGGAAUCCUUUACAUUUAGCGGCAAUGUCGGGUUACACGCAAACAAUCGAAUUACUGCAUUCCGUACAUUCACAUUUGCUGGAUCAAGUUGAUAAAGAUGGCAAUACCGCACUGCAUUUGGCAACGAUGGACAAUAAACCUAAUGCUGUGUCUUUACUUUUGUCGAUGGGCUGUAAAUUGUUAUACAAUACUUUAGAUAUGAGUGCCAUAGAUUAUGCAAUUUACUACAAAUUUCCUGAAGCUGCUUUAGCGAUGGUUACACAUGAAGAACGAGGUGGUGAAGUAAUGGCUCUGAAGUCCGACAAACAUCCAUGUGUAACAUUGGCGCUCAUUGCUUCCAUGCCGAGGGUUUUUGAAGCAGUUCAGGACAAAUGCAUAACGAAGGCAAAUUGCAAAAAGGACUCUAAAUCCUUUUAUAUAAAAUAUUCUUUUACUGCUUAUCAAAAAUCUGCCGAAAAUAUCAAAGAAAUCAGACAAACACAAAACGAUCCAAAUUGGCGACCGAUACCAUUAGAAGUGGUCAAUGCUAUGGUCGCCCAUGGUCGCGUGGAACUCUUAGCACAUCCGCUCAGCCAAAAGUAUCUGGAAAUGAAAUGGAACUCUUACGGAAAAUAUUUUCAUUUAAUAAAUCUUUUAUUCUAUAGCAUUUUUCUUAUGUUUGUCACUGUUUAUUCUUCGAAUCUCAAUCCUGAGAUAAAAGGCCGUACUUUAAAUUACUGGAACUGCACCGACUCGAGAAAUCAAAACUACACAGGGCCGCUUUUGAAAAUGUUCCAGAACAAAAUGAUUAGUCAAAAUAGCACAAUUUCAAAACAAGGCUCAAGUUACGCCCCUAUCAUGUACACCAGUGCCGUAUUUAUCAUAAUUUAUAUAUCUGUCCAAUUUAUUAAGGAGGUAUGUCAGAUUUACCAGCAAAAAUGGCAGUAUCUGCUAGAGCCUUUCAACCUGGUCACAUGGGCCUUGUACAUCUCGUCCAUUAUCAUGGUUGUACCAAUGUUGAUCGGUGGAAAAGUGGAUAAUUUGCAAGUCUCCUCUGCCUCAAUUACGGUUUUCUUGAGUUGGUUCAAUCUGUUGCUAUAUCUGCAAAGAUUUGACCAGGCUGGAAUCUAUGUGGUGAUGUUUUUAGAGAUUCUGCAGACCCUUAUCAAAGUUCUUCUAGUGUUCUCGAUUCUGAUAAUCGCUUUCGGAUUGGCAUUCUAUAUUCUUCUAUCGGGGGGUGAGACGCAUCUUUCCUUCAAGACCAUUCCGAUGUCACUGAUGAGGACUUUCGCAAUGAUGCUGGGCGAGAUCGACUUCCUCGGAACCUACGUCAAUUCCUAUUAUGGAGAAUCGAAAAGAACCCUAGACUUUCCACUGCCGACUUUCUUGAUCUUAGCAAUUUUCAUGGUUUUGAUGCCGAUUCUGCUGAUGAAUCUGCUUAUUGGUUUGGCAGUCGGUGAUAUCGAAUCUGUGAGAAGAAAUGCUCAGCUGAAACGAUUGGCCAUGCAGGUCGUUUUACACACGGAAUUAGAAAGCAAAUUACCUCAGAUACUUCUAGAAAAACUCGAUAAGAUAGAGCUUAUAGAGUAUCCUAAUGACACUAAGAGCAAGCUUGGGUUUUUGGAUUCCAUUCUGAGAAAAUGGUUCAGCAAUCCAUUUACGGAUGAAGGAUUAGAAAUGGUUUUGGAAAAUCAUGAAGACUACGUUACGACCGAAUUAGAAAAGCAGAAGAGAAGACUGAAAGAGAUUACAACUACAUUAGAAGUUCAACAUCAACUCUUAAGACUGAUAGUUCAGAAAAUGGAAAUAAAAACUGAGGCAGACGAUGUGGACGAAGGCGUUUCUGCAAAUGCGAAUUCUUUGAUGAGUGGACACACGAAAUGGAUGAGCCCGAGAAUCCGAAAACAACUUAGAACCGCACUUAGUUUUAAUAAAAGUCAAUAG